UUUUCCCGCUGGACGAUUCGUUCCCAUUGUGGAUACGAGGAAGAAAAUACUGACACGACUAGACAAGCUGAAUAUUUCUCAUACCUUUUAAGGUCACUUAUCCAUUAGCAGAACUCCAGGAGCCAUGGCCCGUACUAAGCAGACCGCCCGUAAGUCCACUGGAGGCAAAGCCCCCCGUAAGCAGCUGGCCACCAAGGCUGCCCGUAAGAGCGCCCCGUCAACUGGGGGCGUCAAGAAGCCUCAUCGCUACAGGCCCGGUACCGUGGCCCUGCGUGAGAUCCGUCGGUACCAGAAGUCCACUGAGCUGCUGAUCCGUAAGCUGCCCUUCCAGCGCCUGGUGAGGGAGAUUGCCCAGGACUUCAAGACCGACCUGCGCUUCCAGAGUGCUGCCAUCGGAGCUCUGCAGGAGGCCAGUGAGGCUUACCUGGUUGGUCUGUUUGAGGACACCAACCUGUGCGCCAUCCACGCCAAGCGUGUCACCAUCAUGCCCAAAGACAUCCAGCUGGCACGCCGCAUCCGUGGGGAGCGCGCUUAAGAAGACACCAUCUUGCUUUUAUCUAUCCUCCUAUCUACUCCCUUCCUCCCCACACCAGUCUGUCUUCCCCUCCUCUCCUUCUCUCCUCCUUACUCUCCUCCCUCUCUUCUCGGUAGUGUGUAGAGAAACAAUGAUUAUGAUCAUAAGAAUAAAGUGUAUAGUUGUGUUUU